AACCGGAUUGAGAAGCAGCCUUCUUGUUCUCUCAUGUUACAAUUGAAAAACAAGUCUGUGCAAUGAACGGAUGAACGUAAACUCAGAGUAUAUGAUGGCUACAUUAAGGCCGGCUGUGGAUGAAAACGACUCCUACUCAGUAGCCAAGGACAGUGACCUGCAGCUUGCUAUUGUCUUAGAGAGACGAGAGAAGACAGAAGAGCCAUGGAACACAGUGUUUGCUCGGAGGCUACAAAAACAUUGCUUUUGCAGCUCAGCUCAGAUAGCCAAAGCUUCUGUGCUUAGGUUUAUCCCAAUCUUACAAUGGCUUCCUCGCUACCAUCUUAAAGAGUGGCUCCUUGGUGACAUUAUGUCAGGUUUAAUUGUGGGAAUACUGCUUGUUCCCCAGUCUAUUGCCUACUCCCUACUAGCUGGGCAGGAACCCAUUUAUGGCCUUUAUACCUCUUUCUUCUCCUCCAUCAUCUACUCCUUCUUGGGCACCUCACGUCACGUAUCUGUGGGUAUCUUUGGCGUUUUGUGUCUUCUUGUGGGGCAGGUGGUGGACAGGGAGGUGGCUGCAGCAGGAUACAUCACAGAGGGAUACAGUAAUAAAACAACGUCCUUUAUAUUGGGCAGACUGGGGAAUGACACCGCAGGUGCUGGUCUAGUCUGCGAUAAGAGCUGUUAUGCCAUUAUGGUCGGAGCUACGGUCACCUUCACGGCUGGGGUGUACCAGGUUAUGAUGGGUCUCCUCCAGGUGGGCUUUGUGUCCGUUUACCUGUCUGAUUCCCUCCUAAGCGGCUUUGCCACUGGGGCUUCCCUCACCAUCCUCACCUCCCAGCUAAAGUACCUCUUAGGACUGAAGCUGCCUAGGGCUCAAGGCUGGUUCACCCUAAUAAAGACCUGGUUCAGCCUACUACAGAACAUGGCCGACACCAAUUUGUGUGACUUGUUUACCAGUCUUCUCUGCCUGCUUGUCCUGGUCCCCACUAAGGAACUGAAUGAGCGUUUCAAGACCAGACUCAAGGCACCGAUCCCCUGGGAACUCUUUGUUGUCAUUGCUGCAACAGUUGCUUCCCACUUUGGAUGCUUCCAGGAGGUGUAUGGGUCAGAUGUCGCUGGCACCAUCCCCACAGGUUUCCUGCCACCCCAGAUGCCUUCCUGGUCACUUAUCCCUGCCGUGGCGGUUGAUGCCUUCUCUAUUGCUGUUGUGGGUUUCGCUAUAACUGUCUCACUGUCCGAGAUGUUCGCCAAGAAGCACGGCUACCAAGUGGAUCCUAACCAGGAGAUGUACGCGAUUGGGUUCUGUAACAUCCUGCCAUCGUUCUUCCGUUGCUUUACUACUAGCGCAGCACUGACGAAAACCCUGGUGAAGGAGUCAACAGGCUGCAAGACCCAACUUUCUGGUUUGGUCACUGCUCUGGUGCUGUUGCUAGUACUUCUGCUCAUCGCCCCACUUUUCUACUCACUGCAGAAGUGUGUUUUGGCUGUGAUCAUCAUCGUGAACCUUAGCGGGGCACUGCGAAAGUUCACGGAAAUUCCUCAGAUGUGGCACGUAAACCGUGUUGACGCAAGCAUCUGGCUUAUUACUGCCGCAACUUCGGCUUUGAUCAACACAGAGCUUGGUUUGUUGGUUGGGGUCCUGGUUUCAGCCUUCUGUGUUCUGGUUCGCACGCAGAGGGCCCAAGGCCUGGAGCUGGGAAGGGUUGGAACCAGCGAACUGUAUGAGGACCUAGCCGGCUACCACGGUAUCCAGAGCCAGCCUGGCAUUGCAAUCUUCCGUUAUGAAUCGCCCAUCUACUACGCCAAUCAGAGCUUGUUCAAGAAGUGCCUCUAUCACCGGCUGGGGCUAGACCCGGUCAAGGAAAAGGUCCAUCGCAAGAAGUUGGAAAAGAACCGGAAACGAGAAGGUCAGAUGAGGGCAGGAGAGAACAGGACCAAGGGUCAAGAGGCAGAGAUGACCACCAAUGUCUUUCUGCCAGUUAAGUCCAGCUUCCACAGUGUGGUGAUAGAUUGUAGUCCGGUAUUAUUUUUAGAUACAGCUGGGGUGAAUUCACUGAAAGAGGUAUAUGAGGACUACAAAGAGCUGGGAGUGAAGGUACUACUGGCACAGUGUAACUUCUCAGUGCGUGCCUCUCUGCAGAGAGGGGGGUACUACCCAGACAACGAUGGAGAAAGAGAACAUGUGUUUUUCACCAUCAGUGAUGCUGUGCAUUAUGCUCAAUGUCUCUCAGGUGAAAAUGGGGCAUGUGACCCACACUGCUGAGUUCAGUUUUCAACGUCUUUAUACAGCAUUUAUAUUUUAAAGGGGUACACAUAGCUGAUGUUUCAAUAUUUAUGUAUGUUUUGAUGUGUUCAUGUCACAUUUAUGGCGGAUGUAUAUUGGAAAGCCCCAGAAUAUUGAAAGCAGUUAAAUAUGCAAAGUUUGGAAAUGAGAGGUUCAACAAGCAGAUGUCUGUAUACAGAGCGUUGUCUGUAUACUAUUGGCCAUAAAGUGUAUUAUCACCUGCUUUAAAACAAUUAUGAUCAUAACCAAAGGAAUUACGGUUUUACUGAAUCUAUCAGAGGAAGAUCAAUGUUGUCUUAAGAAUGCUAUUCCAAAAUAUUUGUUUUCUAAUGGUGAAUGUAAACCAUUUAAAAAACAUUUAGUGAUUUUCACAAAAAUGUUUCACUGAAUGCCCUGUGUUGCCCAGUAAAUGUGCUGAGUGUAUUUUCCAAGACAUUCACUGCACAUAGAUAUUCAUUAAUUAGUCAAUAAGAACUCACUGAGCUAUAGACAGUUUCACCCUUUACAAGGGGCUCAUGAUUGCCAUGUAAUGUCUCCAACUUAAUAUCUGCCCUCCAGGCUUCUACUCAGGGAUACUCCUUUAAUAUAUUUGCCAGCUUAACCAUAACAUGAGGAGAUAGUGAGAAGCAUGCUUGUGAGCUAAAUACAUUCAGAGUUGACCAUAUUGGACGUUGUAUGUUAACAACCAGUAAUCAAGCAAAAUACAAAACUAAAUUCCAACCUUCAGGAGGGUAUUCCAGAAAGCAUCAUGCAACAUAACCAGGUAAGUGAACUAUCGAGUUGGCACACAGCAUUGUAGCGACAUUUUGUGUCAGCUGGAGAGUUAACUUACCCGGUUAAGUCGCAUAACUUGCUUUCUGGAAUACCACCCAGAUCUUUAGGUUUUUAAGAUUUGUUUUUCAUCUCUGAUAUAAUUCUCAACCCUAGGCAUAUUGUUAUGAUUGCAUUAAAGGCAAAAGUAUUUUUGGUGUGUCUUACAUAUAACUUUCCUAUAAAAUUGUUGCAGCUGUAUAAGUAAGAUAUUUUUAUUGCAAUAUAGUGGGACAGAUCCAAAAGUUCUACCUCAAAUUCAAGUGCCUUUGUUUUUUACUUGUGAAUGUAUCAUAGUGCCUUCCUAAUUUUUGCCACAGCAAAUGUACUAGAAAUAAGUGUUCAACAAUGAUAAAAGUGGAAUAAUAUUCAACAUAAAUAUUUAACUUUGUUUAAGAACAUUUGCUUGGGCUGGUUUUAACAUUCUUCACAACUACUAAAAACUUAAGAAGUGAAGUUAGGGUAAAUUUGACCCAGUGUAGAUUACCAGUUACUUAUCUUCAAACUUUGUAAUAAAGGCCCUUUAAUUCUU